AUGAAGGGCGCUCAUGUCACGCCGCCGAUGCCGCCGCGGCUUUGGAUCACUGGGUUGGCUUCGCAGUAUCCCCCAUAUCUCCUGGGACCGGAAAAGUUAGACGAGUUAGCGAAGAAGUUCUACGACAUAGAGAAGCCAGGCCUGAAAAAGCUUCUGCAGAUCAACAAAACGAGCGGCAUCGAGACGCGCGCCUGCAUUGUGGAUUACCGCUCAGGUUUCGCCAGCCGCCCAGAGCCACCCUCCAUCAGCGACCUGGACAGAUUCUAUCGUCAGGCCGGAGUCGACCUCGCCGCUCAAGCAUGCCGCAAGGCCAUGAAAGAAUGGGGCGGCCGGCCCUCCGAGAUCACGCACACUGUCGCCGUGACCUGCACCAACCAAGGCAACCCGGGCUACGACCUGCUGGUAGCGCGUCGGCUUGGGCUGCCGCACACCGUGGACCGCACGCUGCUGCACGGCGUUGGCUGUGCUGGCGGGCUGGCCAUUAUGCGCGCCGCGGCUCAGAUUGCCAGCGGAGCAGCGUCCCGCGGCAGGCCGGCGCGCGUGCUGUGCUUUGCAUGCGAGCUGUGCACAUCCAAUGUGCGACACGACCUGGCUGGGGCUGAGGCGUGUGUGGACCCGGACGAGGUCAGCAUCGCCGGUGUGCUAUUCGCCGACGGCGCUGCGGCCUUUGUGCUUUGCAACGAUGACGGACUGCGGCGGCUGCCGGCGCCGCAGGACGAGAUGGAUGACAUGAGGAGUGAUGGAGCUGAGCCGCUGUUCCAGCUGCUUGAGUGGGAGACUGCUACCAUCCCAGACACGACGCAGCACAUGGGCUUCUACUCGGAAGCCACCGGUUUCCGUACCGUGCUGACCCGUGAUGUGCCCUCUUUCACCAAGACGGCCAUCGAGCCCAUGUUCAGGGACCUGUUGCCGCAGUUUCGGGACAAGGUCGGUCUGGAGAGUCUCGAUGUGGCCGAUUUCGACUGGGCUCUGCAUCCGGGCGGAGAGGCUAUUAUCAAUGGAGCGCAGGAGACGAUGGAUCUGACAAGCGAGCAGCUCCGGGCAACGCGAGAGAUUUACAGGACGCGCGGCAACUCGUCUAGUCCAACGGUGUUGGCAGUACUAGACCUGCUACGGAAGAUGGGCCGCGGCAAGGAUUACGUUGUCGCGACAUCCUUUGGCCCUGGCAUGACGAUUGAGAUGUCUUUGCUUAGACGCUGCCGGCCGAGCGACAUUUUCUAA